UCUACAUCCCAAAUAUGUCAAACAAUUUGAUGAAGAAAAAGCUUCAAGGCAAAGUAGCCAUUGUAACCGGCGGCGCCAGCGGCAUCGGCGAGACCACCGCCCGCGCCCUGGCCGAUCACGGGGCGCUUGCGGUAGUGAUCGCCGAUAUCCAACCCGAAAAGGGCCGCGCUGUGGCCGAAUCCAUCGGCCUGCAGCGCUGCACCUACGUUCACUGCGACGUGGCGGACGAGGAACAAGUUGCGGCCAUGAUUGAAUGGACGGCAACGACGUACGGCGGCCUCGACGUAAUGUUCAGCAACGCCGGCAUCUUGGCCGGCUCCCCUCAGACCAUCCUAGAGCUGGAUUUUUCGGAAUACGAGCGCGUGAUGCGCGUGAACGCGCGUGGGGUGGCGGUGUGCGUGAAGCACGCGGCGCGUAAGAUGGUGGAAUUGGGGACGAGAGGCGCCAUCAUCUGUACGGCAAGUACGGCGGCGGAGAAGGCGAAAAUGGACUUGACGGACUAUAUAAUGUCGAAGCGGGCGGUGCUGGGGCUGAUGCGGUCGGCGAGUUUGCAGCUCGGGAAGCACGGGAUACGGGUGAACAGCGUGUCGAUGGGGGCGGUGCCCACGCCGCUUUCUGCAAAGCAUAGGCUGGUGACAGCGGCAGAUGUGGACAAGUAUAUCGGGCCCUACACGAGCUUGAAAGGGACGACGCUGACGGGCGAAAAUGUGGCGGAUGCGGUGGCAUUUCUGGCUUCGGAUGAGGCGGCGUUUGUCACCGGAGUUGAUUUAGCGGUGGACGGAGGGUUGAUUGCCAUCCCUUUCGACCUAUCUAACUAAUAAUGCUUGUCCACAAUUCCAAUAAAAAUGUACGUAUCUAAAAUUCUACUAAUAAACAUAUGUAUUGCCCUUUGUCGUUUCAAUUCGUACGAAAAAGACAUGUAUUAAUAAAUUUGGUAUCCUUUUUAUGUCCAUGUGUUCUAUGAUUUCCACGUAUAAUUUCCUACUACACGCUAAUAAGGACCUAGAUAUUUACCGGAA